UUGUUCUGCCUGAAAAAAUCCGAGGAGAUAGGAGCUCGUUGGGUAGCAUUGGCCAAAACAUUGGCAUUUACAACCGGAGAAAUUGAAAUAAUUCAGCAUGAUUACCGAUGCAGCGUUGUAAAGCAGUGCUUCGAGAUGCUUAGCACCUGGUGGAGGAGGCAGGAAAGUGACACACAAGCAAAGGAGACAUUGGAAAAGGCUGCAGUGAACGUUUCCUCGAACAUAUCAGACAAGAUGGGAGGAGCGCAAUCCAGUCCGAGUGAUGCUGCGAGUCAGUGCAGGAGUGAAUUAAAAAACCGGUAUACUACCACAGGCACCUACUUGCAAUUUCUAUCCUUGGGGGAUGACGACAUGAAACAUAUUGGGGACGUAUAUAAAAAUUUUGGAUUAGAAAAGGGUGACCAUGAUUUUGUUGAAGGGGAAGUACAAGAGUAUUGGAAUUUUUCCUCAUAAAAGGAAAUGACGGGAAUGUGAUUAAACGCAUCAUUUUGUGUGGGUCAGCUGGGAUGGGGAAGACAACCAUCAUUGACAAAAUUGCAUACGACUGGGCUGUUGGUUCCGUGGCACUCGGGCACUUUACGCUUCUGUUCGUUUUGCAGAUGUCCGCUCUCAAUCAAACGUCGGACCUUGUUGAUUCAGUGUUUGAUCAGCUUUUAUCAGACGACACAAAAGUUAACAAGUGUGAUCUGGAAGCAUUCAUUAAAAACAAUGGCAGUAGUGUGCUCAUUCUCGUAGAUGGUUUAGAUGAAUUCAGGACAACUAAUCUCGACCAAGAGAAAUAUGGUCCCAUCCUAAGAAUGCUCAAUCAAAAAGUUUGCAGAGAGUGUUUUGUAAUCGUAACAACACGCCCGUCUCAAUUUGCUAUAUUGAAAAGUAACUCACUCCUUACCACAUCUUUCAUACAUGUGAAGCUUUUGGGAUUUAGUAAGAAAGAUAUUGAAAAAUAUGCGAGAAAUGUUUUCACUGCAAGGCGUGAUAUGGCUGAGGGACUUCUUGAUAGGAUUCAGUCAUCGAAUGUUCUGUCCGAUUUGGCAAGAAGCCCGAUGUUACUUCUGCUCAUGUGCAUAUUCUGGAGGGAAAAUGCAACACUACCCGAUACUUUAUCAAGAUUGUUCAGUGAGGCUAUUAGACACGUAUUCCGAACAAAGAUGCCCGAAUUAUCAGAAGAAGCAAUAUCGGAAGUGGUGAUUGCAAUUGGCAAAGUUGCCUUAGAAGGGCUUGUUUCCCCAGAGCAAAGGCUUUCAUUUCAAGAGGGAGAGUUUGAGAAGAGUACACUUGAUAAAGCAAUACAAGCGGGUAUUCUCACUAGCCAGAGGGUCACGAAGGGGCUUGACACGCUGCAGUUCACCCAUAAGACACUUCAAGAGUACUGCGCAGCUAUGUACUGUCAGAGCCUUUUAAGCAAAGGCGGUGGGGAAUUCCAGACGAUUCUGGCUAAAAUUGGCCAUCCUUGGAAUUUUGAGUACAUGUUGCGCUUUUGCUGCAGCGACAAUCAGCAAUGUACGAGGCACAUAUUAGGGAUGCUGCAUAAAAAGGCUAUCGAUCCGACAGUGAAGGAAUUGGCAUUGAAUUGCUACUUUGAAAGUCAGUCAAGAGAUUUGUUAUCAGUGGAUUUCAUUGAGUCGUUUUUCAUUGAAUCUAUGAUGAUAAGUGAGUUUAGCAACUACUCACUGAACUCGCUCGUGUGGUUUCUGAAGCAUGUUGCCGAGCACACAGAGCCGGUAGGUCACCUCGCUAAAGUACGUAGCAUUACAUUUAUUGACUGUGACCUGUCAAGUUCGAGUGAAAUCCUAGCCUUGGGAUUGACUUCGAUGAAAAAUCUGCGCGACUUACAUUCCCAAGGAAUUAAUUUGAGCGAUUCAGCCAAAGAUUGGGCGUUCCAGUUGGGAGGGAUACAAUUUCUUGAAGCACUUCGGUUAGGGACACGGGCGGCUAGUUCGCAUUCAGUGAUUCCCCUAAAGAAGCUCACUCUGAGAUAUUCUAACAUUGACAGUCCCGAUUUGAAAUAUAUCGUCAAAUCAGUGAGCAGCAUGGGGAAUCUGGUGGAUUGUGAAUUCGGUCGUGUCCCCAAGGUGUUGCGUGUCCAGCCAUUCGAUAAUGGCAUACGACUGAGCAUUUCAAAGUUUUCACUAACCGGCGGGGAUAUGGCGGACAUUUUACGGCCAUUCAGUAAUCGGAGUGAUUUAGUCAGUUUGAUCCUUCGAGAUAUUGAUGGUCUGGGUGGUUCGGCAGAUAUAUGGAUCCCGAUCUUACAACACCUAACGCACCUGAAGGAGUUAAGAUUAACCAAUUGCCCACUGCAGAGCACUGACAUUGAACACCUUGCUGCCGCAGUGAGUCAAAUGUUCCCCGUACAAUCCCUUAGCUUUGAGGGGAAUCGUUCCUCGAGAGGCUCUGCAAAAGCAUUGGCUCCCAGUUUCAAAUAA